GGCAGCUGGACCAACAUCAAGGGCAGAGAGCUUUGUUUCUGGAACUGUGGAAAUGGCCGGCUUGCUGAGAUGUACCAGCAACUGUUCAAUGCCCUUUCUUCUUACUCUAAACGCUAGGGCAUUACAGCCAUCAAUUGGACAACGCUCUUUUAAAACUUUCCCUACUUUGUGGAGUGAACAGACAGCAAAAGGAACUCGCUACAAAGAUCUUGUUGUCGGCGUUCCCAAGGAAAUAUACAAAAAUGAAAAGAGAGUUGCUCUUUCCCCUGCUGGCGUUCAAGCUUUAGUAAAGCAAGGUUUUAAUGUACAAGUGGAACAUGGUGCUGGUGAAGAAGCAAAGUUCUCUGAUGAUCAAUACAAGCAGGCUGGAGCCAAAAUUGGGGACUUGAAAACGGUGUUUGCAUCCGAUGUUGUUUUAAAGGUCAGAGCGCCAGUCUUUAAUGAAGUCCUGGGAGUACAUGAGACAGCCCUACUCAAGGAGAAAGCCACACUUGUUAGCUUCAUCUAUCCAGCUCAGAACCCAGAGCUCCUGGGCAAGCUUGCUCAACGGAAAGCCACCGUCUUGGCAAUGGACCAAGUUCCUCGAGUCACUAUUGCUCAAGGAUAUGAUGCCUUAAGUUCAAUGGCCAACAUUGCAGGGUACAAGGCUGUAGUCCUGGCAGCUAAUAAUUUUGGGAGAUUUUUUACUGGGCAAAUUACUGCAGCAGGAAAAGUUCCUCCAGCAAAGAUGCUAAUCAUCGGUGGUGGUGUAGCUGGUUUGGCUGCAGCUGGAGCAGCUAAAUCUAUGGGAGCCAUUGUCAGGGGUUUUGAUACCAGGCCACCAGCUUUGGAGCAGUUUAAAUCCCUUGGCGCAGAACCUUUAGAAGUCAGUGUUGCUGAAGCAGGAGAAGGCGUCGGAGGUUAUGCAAAAGAGAUGUCCAAGGAAUUUAUUGAGGCAGAAAUGGCGUUAUUUGCCAAACAGUGUAAAGAGGUGGAUAUUCUUAUUAGCACUGCCCUUAUUCCAGGGAAAAAGGCUCCUAUCCUCAUCACUAAGAAUAUGGUGGAGUCCAUGAAGGAUGGCUCAGUGGUGGUUGAUCUGGCUGCCGAGGCUGGUGGCAAUGUGGAAACCACUCAUCCUGGAGAGCUUCACAUUCACAAGGGCGUGGUGCACAUUGGUUACACGGAUUUGCCAAGCCGAAUGGCUACCCAGGCCAGUAGCCUGUAUUCAAACAACAUCUUGAAGCUAUUAAAAGCGAUUUCUCCUGACAAAGAAUACUUUUACUUUGAGCCAAAGGAUGAUUUUGAUUAUGGAACUAUCGAUCAUGUCAUUAGAGGGACGAUGGUAAUGAAGGAAGGGGAAAAAUUGUUUCCAGCACCUUUACCAAAAACUUCGCCACCUGCUGCUCCAACUAAACCAAAAUCUGUCCAGCAAAUAGAAGCAGAGAAACAGGCCACCAUUUCACCAUAUCGAAAGACCAUGACUUCAGCUGGAGUUUAUACAACAGGCCUGACAACCAUUUUAGCAUUGGGCCUCGCUUCUCCUAAUGCUGCUUUUACACAAAUGGUGACUACUUUUGGUCUCGCUGGAAUCGUUGGCUACCAUACAGUCUGGGGUGUCACACCUGCUUUGCACUCGCCUCUAAUGUCAGUAACAAAUGCAAUUUCUGGACUUACUGCUGUGGGCGGUUUAGUGCUGAUGGGGGGAUCUUACCUCCCUUCUAGUGUACCACAGACAUUAGCUUUACUGGCUGCAUUUGUUUCAUCUGUCAAUAUUGCAGGUGGCUUCUUAAUUACCCAACGAAUGCUGGAUAUGUUUAAGCGACCAACAGAUCCGCCUGAAUAUAAUUAUCUUUACCUCCUCCCUGGAGGGGUAUUUGUUGGAGGAUAUGGUGCAACUCUCCUCAGUGGAUAUAGCAUUGAGCAGAUGAUGUACCUGGGCUCAGGCCUUUGCUGUGUUGGUGCCCUGGCAGGGUUGUCUAGUCAGAGUACCUCUAGACUUGGCAAUGCUCUAGGCAUGAUCGGGGUUGCUGGUGGCAUAGCAGCAACACUGGGUGCUCUGAAACCAUCACCAGAACUAUUGGCCCAGAUGUCUACAGCCAUGGCCUUGGGUGGCACCAUGGGUCUCACCAUUGCGAAACGGAUCGAAAUCUCUGAUCUCCCACAGCUCGUUGCUGCAUUUCACAGUCUGGUUGGUUUGGCAGCAGUUCUGACGUGCGUUGCAGAGUACAUGAUUGAAUAUCCACACCUUGACGUUCACCCAUCGGCUAACGUUCUCAAAAUCGUGGCCUACUUGGGCACCUAUAUUGGGGGGGUGACCUUCAGUGGCUCUUUAGUAGCAUAUGGAAAACUGCAAGGUAUGUUAAACUCUGCUCCGCUCCUUCUGCCUGGUCGACAUUACUUGAAUGCUGGAUUGUUGGCCGCUUCAGCCGGUGGAAUGGUUCCUUUUAUGCUGGACCCCAGCUAUACCACCGGCAUGGCCUGUCUUCUUGGAGUUUCAGGACUCUCCUCAAUUAUGGGAGUUACCCUGACAGCAGCGAUUGGCGGAGCAGAUAUGCCUGUAGUGAUCACUGUACUCAAUAGCUACUCUGGAUGGGCACUGUGCGCGGAAGGGUUUCUUCUCAACAACAACCUGAUGACUAUUGUCGGAGCCUUGAUUGGUUCUUCUGGAGCUAUCCUAUCUUACAUCAUGUGUGUGGCCAUGAACCGAUCUUUGCCAAAUGUCAUUUUGGGUGGAUAUGGUACAACAUCUACAGCUGGCGGAAAGCCCAUGGAAAUAGUUGGAACACACACUGAAGUUGGUAUUGAUCAAACUGUUGAACUGAUAAAAGAAGCUAACUCUAUCAUCAUUACACCUGGUUGGGGGCUUUGUGCAGCCAAGGCUCAAUAUCCCAUUGCUGACAUGGUGAAAAUGCUUAAUGAACAAGGAAAGCAAGUCAGGUUUGGCAUCCAUCCGGUUGCAGGCCGUAUGCCAGGACAGCUGAACGUUCUGUUGGCAGAAGCCGGUGUGCCUUAUGACGUUGUGUUGGAAAUGGAUGAGAUAAAUGAAGAUUUCCCAGACACAGACCUGACUUUGGUCAUUGGUGCCAAUGACACAGUGAACUCUGCAGCCCAGGAAGAUCCAAACUCAAUUAUAGCUGGCAUGCCUGUGUUGGAAGUCUGGAAAUCUAAGCAAGUCAUCGUCAUGAAGCGCACCCUAGGAGUUGGGUAUGCUGCAGUCGACAAUCCUAUUUUUUACAAGCCAAAUACCUCAAUGCUGCUUGGAGAUGCAAAGAAAACCUGUGAUGCUUUGCAAGCCAAAAUUAGAGAAUCUCACACCCAUUAGUGUCUCCAGUUGGAUUUGUAUUAUAAGUGCCAGCCAACGAUACAGUAUUAAGUACCAUUAAUUUCAUUGGGUUGGGCACAGUGAAAUCAAAGGAACUUAAAAGAAUAACUCUGGCUCGACUGCAUUGUUCAGGGAGUAGAUUGGGGAUGGAUGCAGUCGCUUAUUUAUAUACAACUGUGUCAGACGGACAGGUAGGGAAACUUAACAUAUUAAAUCAUGUGAGAAAUUAGUAGUUUCUGUGCCUUUAUGGAUGAAAAUGUAAAUCUCUGUAUUUAUUAAAUAAUAUAUAUUCCAUAGUUUGCAAAUCAGUUUAUUUCUCUAACAUUGCUACAGCUGUUACGGCACUUUAA